CACAAGGUCACAACGAGAUUGUACUUUUAUAAAGUGUCCUGAGCACUAAAGAUGUUCUUUCCUUAGUUACCUUGGAUCAUCAAGGAACCAUGAACCUGUGGAGGAUCGUAGGGGGUAUAGUCGGUGGAGUUGUAAUACUGGCCAUUGGAUUACUCAUUGGUCACUUUGGUAUUUCAAAAACUCCAUCCUGGGCCAAAGAUAUUUCUCAGGAUUUAGAUGAAAAAUUUAUCAGAGAGUUCAUGAAAGAAGUCGAUAAUAAAAAAAUAGAAGAUAAUUUGAGGACACUCAGUGAAUAUCCUCACAUGGCCACAACGGAUGGAGAUGAAGCAUUAGUGAAGUACAUACUCAGCCGUUGGAAAAACAGUGCUUCUGGUCUUGAUGAUGCUAAGGAGGAAAGAUAUGAUGUCUAUUUAUCCUUUCCUAAUGCAGAAAAGCCAAACAGUGUGCAGAUAAUUACACCAAGUAAUGAUGUCACAUUUACAUCGCUUCAAACUGAAGAGGAAGUAAAACCAGACCAAACACACCCCGCUGUAGUUAAACCGUAUGCUGCUUAUGCUCCUCCUGGAAAUCCAAAGGGCAAGCUGGUGUAUGCACACCAAGGUAGAUUAAGUGACUUUGAGCAACUCAACAAAACAAUAGAUCUAACAGGGACCAUCGCUAUUGUGCGCUAUGGAGGAGUUGGCAGGUCUGCUAAGGCAAUAAAUGCUGCUAAAUUUGGAGUAGUUGGUGUUAUUGUAUAUACAGAUCCCAAAGAUAUCAAUGAUGGCCUUUCUGACAAAUCUCAAACAUACCCAAACUCCUGGUACAUGCCCCCAUCGGCUGUAGAGCGGGGGUCCUACACUGAAGACUUUGGAGAUCUGCUUACUCCAUAUUAUCCAGCCAAAAGUAAUACCUAUAGAAGAAAUGAGAGUGACAUCACAGGCCUUCCCCCAAUUCCAACCCAGCCAAUAGGAUUUGGAGAUGCCCAGAUUCUAAUAUGUGCACUAAAAGGUCCUGCAGCUCAAGAUUCCUGGCAAGGAAGUUUAUCAUGUACAUAUAACACGGGCCCCGGAUUCCGUGAUGAUGGAGCUUACAAAGACAGUGAUGUUCAGGUCAAUGUGUACAAUUAUGCAACUAUUAAGUCAUCAGCAAAUGUGAUGGGCAUUAUCAGAGGAAGUGUGGAGCCUGACAGGUAUAUAAUGUAUGGAAAUCACAGAGACAGCUGGGUCCAUGGUGCAAUAGAUCCCAGCAGCGGAACUGCAGUCAUGCUGGAAAUCAGUAGAAUUCUUGGGGAAAAGGUCAAAAAAGGAAAAUGGCGCCCGCGGAGAACAAUUAUUUUCGGGAGCUGGGGAGCUGAAGAAUUUGGUCUAAUUGGAUCUACUGAAUUUGCAGAGGAGUAUUAUAGCAAGCUGAGGGACAGAACGGCAGCCUAUAUCAAUGUGGACAUUUCAGUAUUUGCAAAUGCCACACUGCGAGCACAAGGGACACCUCCAGUUCAGGAUGUUAUAUUCACUGCUGCUAAACAGGUACAAACCCCUUUCAAUUCUCUUAACGUUUAUGAUAACUGGAUCCGCCACUUUAACCGCUCCAGCUCAAUCUAUGGAGGUUUAAUACCAAGGUUGGGUACACUUGGAGCUGGGAGUGACUACGCCCCUUUUCUUCAUUAUUUGGGUAUCACGUGCAUGGACCUUGCCUACACCUAUGACCCGAGCAAGACCUCAGCACGAAUCUAUCCAGCUUACCAUACUGCAUAUGACACCUUUGAUUACACAGCUAAUCACAUUGAUCCAGGAUUCUUCAGCCACCAAGCUGUGGCACGUACUGCUGGGAAUGUUCUAAUACGACUUGCAGACAGUCUCAUCCUCCCGCUUGGACCGAGAGAUUAUUCGGAGACCCUGGAAACCUAUUAUAACACUGCUGCCUCCACCUUCUCUGCUGAGCUUACAGCAAGGAACAUCUCUUUAGAUCCAGUGAAGAAAGCUGUAGACAGGUACAAGACGUAUUCUGAGGAGCUCAACAAAAUCAUUAGUGAACUGAAAAAUCAAGAACGGGAGCCACUUAGAGUCCGAAUGAUCAACGACCAGUUAAUGUUGGUGGAGCGAGCUUUCAUCAAUCAUUAUGCGUUCCCGGACAAACUUUAUUACAGUCAUGUCAUUUGGGCAUCUCGGAGUUCCAGCGUGGUCACCUUUCCAGGUAUUGCUGAUGCCUUUAGUAAGGCAAGCUCUACUGGACUGCAAGAGGACUGGGACCAAGUACACCAUCAUAUCACUGUAGCUGCUACCGCCAUUGAUAAUGCUGCAUCCACUCUGCAAGCUGCCGCCACUAUUUAGCAAGCUUAUUACUGGUAAUUGUUCAAAAAAAAUAAAGGAAACAUUUUAAAGA